UUCCUCCUCUCCACACCCAAGCGUCUAUUUUCAUAGCAGCUCAUCAACACCAAACCACCACUACUCCGGCGAGGCGAGGCGAGGCGACCGGCGGAGUGUUGUGUCUGUCUGCAGAGAGAUGGAGGUGGCCCUCGGCUCGGCCAAGUCGCUCCUCGGCAAGGUGUUGACGACGCUGUCCGACGGCCUGGUGGCGGCGUACGUGGACAGCCUCCAGCUGGGCCACAACUCGGAGCAGAUCAGGGACAAGCUACUGCACACGCAAGGCCUGCUGCACAACGCCCAGGGGAGCCACGCCGGCGGCGACAACCCCAACCCUGGCCUGCAGGGGUUGCUGGAGAAGCUGAGCAGGGACGCCGACCAGGCAGAGGACUUGCUGGAUGAGGUCCACUACUUUCAGAUCCACGACAAGCUCCACGGCACCCUCUACGCCACCACCCAAGAGGCCGGCCAUCAAGCUCUCCAUGCUGGUACUGCUCUUCGCCACACCCUAGGCAGCUUGGUCCACUUCUUUUCUUGCUCCCGUACACCCAAGACCAAGAGGGAUGGAGGUAGUGAUGCCGUUGCUGCUGUUACCAGCCGCAUCACCAAAAGGUCCAAAGCCAACUCUGCUACUGCUCAUGCUGAUGACAUGCUGCAUUUCGACCGAUUGUCCAUGUCCAGCAAAAUCAAGUCCCUGUUACUGGGCAUGGAGUCCCACUGUGACUCCGUCUCCAGUUUGCUCAUCGGCGGUAUCCUCCCAAGAAACAGCACGGCAGUCGUCCUACAUCGGCCUCAGACUGCUUCCAUGAUUAUACAAGACACAUUGUAUGGCAGGACGGGCAUUUUUGAGGAAACUGUCAACCGUAUCACCACCGGUACGCAGACCGAGACUGUUUCUGUUCUUCCUAUAGUUGGUCCAGGGGGUAUUGGCAAGACAACUUUCGCCCAACAUCUGUAUAAUGAUGGCAGGACUGAAGAGCACUUCCGAGUCAGGACCUGGGUAUGUGUAUCCACUGAUUUCGAUGUGCUUAAGCUCACCAGGGAGAUCCUUGCCUGCAUACCCACAAAGGAAGAAGAAGGAGGAAGCAGCAGUGUUGCAAAUGAAACAACCAAUUUAGAUCAUCUUCAGAGAUCCAUUGCGCGCCGUCUCAAGUCCAAGAGGUUUCUAAUUGUCUUGGAUGAUAUAUGGAAAUGUGACAGUGUGGACCAGUGGAAAACCCUGUUAGCUCCGUUCACAAAGGGGGAAACCAAAGGAAGCAUGCUACUUGUCACAACCCGAUUCCCAAAUCUGGCAAAGAUGGUGGGAACGGUUGAUUCACUAGAACUGGCAGGUUUGGAGCCUAAUGACUUCUUCACAUUCUUUGAAGCAUGUAUAUUUAAUGGUGAAGAAGACAAACCUGACCAUUACGAAGAUGAGUUUGAUGGUAUUGCACGAAAAAUUGCAAACAAGCUAAAGGGUUCCCCAUUGGCAGCCAAAACAGUUGGUAGACUAUUGCAUAAGCACCUUUCUCAGGAACACUGGAAUGGAGUUCUUGAAAAGCAUCAGUGGCUAAAGCAGCAAAGAAGUGAUGAUAUCAUGCCAUCUUUAAAAAUUAGCUACGAUUGCCUCCCUUUUCAUCUGAAGAAAUGCUUUUCCUAUUGUGGCCUUUUCCCUGAAGAUUAUAGGUUUACUUCUUCAGAAAUCAAUCAUUUCUGGGAUGCAAUGGGCAUCAUAGACUCUAAUCACCAAGCCGGCAGGGAUUGCUUGGAAGAACUAGUGGACAAUGGUUUUCUCAUGAAGGUAUUCGACUGGGCUGAUCGAUCCUCCUAUGUAAUGCACGAUUUAAUGCAUGAGCUAUCUAAGAGUGUUUCUGCACAAGAAUGCCUCAGUAUAAGUGGCUUAGAUUUCAGAGCUAAUGCCAUCCCACAAUCGGUACGACACUUAUCUAUCAACAUAGAAGGCAAAUAUGAUGCAAAUUUUGAGGAAGAAAUGUGUAAACUAAGGGAGAGGAUAGACAUUGCUAAUUUGCGGACUUUGAUGAUUUUUAGAGGAUAUGAAGAAAGGAUCGCCAAGAUUUUGAAAGAUAGCCUCAAGGAAAUAAAUAGUCUGCGUGUCCUAUUUAUAGCAGUGAACAAUCCAGAAUCUUUUCCACAUAGAUUUUCAAAACUUAUCCACCUCCAGUACCUCAAAAUUAGUUCAUCUCACAAUGACAGGGAAAUGAGGUUACCUAGUACACUAUCAAGAUUUUAUCACUUGAAGUUCUUGGACCUAGAUGGUUGGAAUGGUCAUUCUGAUUUGCCUGAAGACUUUAGCCACCUUGAGAAUUUACAUGCUUUCCAUGCUACAAGUGAACUCCACUCCAAUAUUCGCAAUGUCGGAAAGAUGAAGCAUCUGCAGGAGCUAAAAGAAUUCCAUGUCAAGAAUGGGAGCAUGGGAUUUGAGCUGUCAGAACUUGGGGCAUUGACAGAGCUUCAAGGAGGACUGAUUAUACGUGGUCUUGAACACGUGGCAAACAAGGAGGAAGCUACUGCAGCCAAGCUGAAGUUGAAAAAGAAUCUGAAGGAGUUGGAAUUACUCUGGGGCAGAGAUGGACCAACUACAGAUGCUGAUAUCCUUGAUGCUCUUCAACCACACUCGAAUCUUAGAGCACUUACAAUUGCAAAUCAUGGUGGUACCGUUGGUCCUAGUUGGUUGUGUCUUGACAUCUGGUUAGCAAGUUUAGAGACUCUCACUCUAGAAGGCGUAUCUUGGAGCACCCUCCCACCUUUUGCGAAGCUACCAAAUCUCAAGCGACUCAAAUUGAAGAAAAUUUCUAGAAUGCAGCAGUUUGGGCUUCGAUGUGGUGGCGCUCCAGGGAAAUGUUCUAUGCGCUUGAACAAAGUCGAGUUUUAUGAGAUGCCGGAACUUGCUGAAUGGGCUGUGGAACCUAAUUGCCAUUCCUUAACAAGUAUUGAAGAAAUCAUAUGCAUCGAUUGUCCCAAUGUCUGUGUGAUGCCCUUCUCGGAGGUUUCUUGCACCAAUUUGCGCAGACUUCAAGUUUCCGGGUGCCCAAAGAUGUCUCUGCCCUCCAUGCCUCACACCUCCACACUGACAGAUUUGGAUGUUAAAAGAGGUGAUUCAGAAACGUUGUUGUCUUAUGAUGGAAAACUAUUGGUUGUUGGAGGGUAUGGCGGUGCUUUGGCCUACCACAAUAUGGAUAAACUAGAAGAUAUGGCUAUUGAAAAUGUAUCGUGCAUAUCAAUGCAGUUCCCAUCAUCCAGCUCACUGCAGAAACUUAGCUUUAGAGACUGCAAGGGCCUGGUUCUUGUGCCUGUGGAGAAUGGAGGAGAAAUUCAGGAGGACAACUCAUUGCUCCAAUCAAUAACAAUAUGGGGAUGUGGCGAAUUGUUCUUUCGGUGGCCCAUGGCCACGGGAGAAUCAGAGACCAUUUACCCUUUCCCUGCUCCCCUGAGGAAACUUGAUGUUUGGGGCGAGCAAAGCAUGAAGUCGAUGGCUCUGCUCUCAAACCUCACGUCUCUCACCAGUCUAAGCCUAAUAAGUUGCGGUAAAUUAACGGUGGAUGGGUUCAAUCCUCUCAUCACAGUCAACCUCAAAGAACUGCAAGUUACCAGCAGCAGCACCUUAGCAGCAGAUCUGCUCUCAGAGGUGGCAAGGACCAAAUUAUUGCCUGCAGGUUACAUGUCUAGAUUGGAGAAGCUCAUUGUGGAUAACAUCUGUGGAUUGCUUGUUGCUCCUAUUUGCAGCCUCCUCGCCCCGAGCCUCCACACACUUGAAUUCCAGUAUGAUGGGAGGGUGAAAAGCUUGACGGAGGAGCAAGAGAAAGCGCUGCAGCUCCUCACCUCCCUCGAGAAACUACAUUUUCUCUGGUGCUAUGGUCUGCAGUCCCUUCCUCAAGGGUUACAUCGCCUUUCUUCUCUCAAGGAGUUACAUGUCGUUGGGUGUCUGAAAAUCCAGUCGAUGCCCAAGGAGGGCCUCCCGGUUUCGCUGCGAAAACUAGAGAUGAAUUGGCGCAGCGCUGAGAUAGACGAGCAGAUUGAGAAAAUCAAAAGAACCAACCCACAUUUAUCCGUCGAAGAAUAACUACACCCAAGACUGGCAGGUUCCACUCCACCACACAAGUUGUCAAACCUGCACAUUAAUCGGCGGAUGCGAGAUACAAACCAACCGAGUCUUCAUUCCGCGACGCUUGCUGUUAACUCUUCAUUCUGCUACAUGAACUGAGGGAGGAAUCAUGGAAUUACCAGGCUUGUGCUCUUUUUUCGCAUGAAGCAGCAGGGGUGAACAGGCCAAUUUAACUGUUGGCCGUUCUUUUCUUGCCAUGAAUGAAGGAAUCAAGUGCCUUUAUUUCCUCUUUCUUGAGUCCUUUGCUUUGACAGGAAGGAUGAUGCUGCCUGCUGCUUUCUACAAAAAGCAACUGAUAUAAUACUCCCUCCGUCCCAAAAUAAGUGGCUCAACUUUGUACUAGCUCUAGUAUAAAUUUGUACUAAGCUCAAGACACUUAUUUUGGGACGGAGGGAGUAUCAUAUACUAUGUAGCAGUGAGGGCUGUCCUGUCUUGUCUUGGUGGUGCAGAGUGGUAUAUAUGAAUGUAACCUUCGUACUAUAGUAUCGUG